UCCCGUGGCACCCGGCGGGUGGAGAAGGACGCGAGGCCCGGGAGCGGUGGCGAUGGACGACCACAGCCUGGAUGAGUUCCGCCGGCGCUGGCAGGAGGAGCUGGCGCAGGCCCAGGCGCUGAGGAAGCGGCGGCGACCCGAGGCCGCCGAGCGGCGACCACUGGUAACCUUUGUAGAAAAGGCGUGGGUCCCCACGUCAGUGGGUGUAAGCCUCAAAGCCGCAGAGGUCUGGCAGAAUGAAAUGGAUGAUGUGCCCUUCUUUGAUAUCCAACUGCCUUAUGAGUUGGCAAUCAAUAUAUUUCAGUAUCUGGACAGGAGAGAACUUGGAAGGUGUGCACAGGUGAGCAAGACAUGGAAGGUGAUUGCAGAAGAUGAAGUGCUCUGGUACAGGCUGUGCCAACAGGAAGGGCACCUUCCUGAGAGCAGCAUCUCUGAUUAUUCUUGCUGGAAGCUCAUCUUCCAAGAGUGCCGAGCCAAGGAACACAUGUUAAGAACCAACUGGAAGAAUCGCAAAGGCGCUGUGAGCGAGCUGGAACAUAUCCCUGAUGCGGUUCUGUGUGACGUGCGUUCUCACGACGGCGUUGUCAUUGCUGGAUAUACAUCAGGGGAUGUGAGGGUUUGGGACACCCGCACCUGGGACUACGUAGCCCCCUUCCUGGAAUCAGAGUAUGAGGAGGAUGAGCCUGGAAUGCAGCCAUAUGUCUCCUUUGUGAGGAUAAACAGCUCGCUGGCUGUAGCGGCUUAUGAGGAUGGAUUUCUUAAUAUUUGGGAUCUCAGGACUGGAAGGUAUCCCAUUCAUCGUUUUGAGCAUGAUGCAAGAAUACAGGCACUAGCCCUCAGCCAGGAAGAAGCAACUGUUGCCACGGCUUCUGCUUUUGAUGUUGUAAUGUUAUGCCCCAAUGAGGAAGGUACUUGGCAAAUAACUGCAGAAUUUGAAGUUCAGAAACUGGUUGACUACCUUGAAAUAGUUCCAGACACUGGGAGGUACCCUGUGGCAAUAGCCACUGCUGGAGAUCUGGUGUACCUGCUCAAAGCUGAUGACUCUGCCAGGACCCUCCAUUAUGUCUAUGGCCAGCCUGUCACGUGCCUAGAUGUCUCAGCCAACCAGGCUGCCUUUGGGGUGAAGAGUCUGGGAUGGGUCUACGAAGGAAACAAGAUCCUGGUGUAUAGCCUGGAAGCAGAACGUUGCCUCUCAAAGCUGGGGAAUGCUCUUGGGGACUUCACCUGCGUCAACCUCAGAGACAGCCCCCCCAAUCUCAUGGUCAGUGGCAACAUGGACAGAAGGGUGAGGAUUCAUGACCUACGCACCGACAAAGUCGCCCUGUCGAUGUCAGCCCACCAACUCGGCGUCUCCGCAGUGCAGAUGGACGACUGGAAAGUCGUCAGUGGAGGCGAGGAAGGCCUAGUCUCUGUGUGGGAUUAUCGGAUGAACCAAAAGCUGUGGGAGGUGCAUUCUAGACACCCUGUGAGGCACAUCUCCUUCACCAAGCACAGCCUCAUCACAGCCAACGUGCCCUACGAGAGGGCAGUGCGCAGUGCUGACCUGGACAGCUUCGCCUCUCACAGGAGACAUCGGGGGCUCAUCCACGCCUACGAGUUUGCAGUCGACCAGCUGGCUUUUCAGAGCGUGCUCCCCAUCUGCUGCUCCUCCUGUGACUCUGUGGCAGGCUGCAGCUAUGACCUGGCGCUGGCUUUCCCCCGCGACAGUAUGUAGGGAGGAGUCUCGCGGGGGCAGCGAGAGUAACGGCGUCGGGCUCACAUGGUGGGACGAAAGCAGCCCGCACUCCGCAGCUGCCUCCCUCUCCUGUCCCCUCAUGCUUGUUCGUGGUGCUCUCCCCUCUCCGGGGGCUGGGAGCACCCUAAACUGACACUGCAGAUCAAUGCCCUGCCCCCUCCUCCUGUUGCCCCAGCUGCCGGGGGCCUUCGGACACACGGGGCUCUGAGGCUGGGAGUGGGGAGCGGGGUGUUGCCCUCCCAGACACCCUCACACUGCUGUCCUGCGGUAUUCAGUACUUUUUCCUCCUCAUGUCUUUACCACAGUUUAUAACUAUAUAUUUAUACAAUUCUUUUAUUAAUAACUAUUUUGCUUACGAUUAUGUCUACAACAUGUGCUACAAAAAUUAGAUAUUUUCUAUAUUCACUGAAUAAUCCUCCAGGUGGGGGUGGAGCCCACACUGCAGGAACCAUGGCGUGGAGAGGCGCCACUGUCCCCCUGGGGAGCGUGUCCCUGGCAGCCAGAAACUGAACUACAAAAGUGCACGCUCAUAGCGCGCAAAAAAAUUAAACUCGUCAGGUUUAUACUUCCUGUCUGACAGACACCUGUACAUUUUGUACCUUUUCAACUAUCUGAAGACAAUGUGGGCCCGAUCCAGGGAUCCUUGAUGCAGCUGUUAGAAAUCAGCAGAAUAAAAACAUUCAAAACCCA